GCCUCGCAAUAAUUGUACGUCCGGUGGUCAUGUUGUGCGACUGAAGCUGCUGCUGCCGAGCACAACAUCGUGAGUAAAAACCACUGACAUAUAUAAAAACGCAGCUAGUUUGAUACCAAAGUGCCUCGUGUUCCCGGGUUACUCGCGCGCUUCCACACAUGGCGAAGAGACGAGCAGCUGAGGACUCUCUGCUGCACGAGCCUCCCUCUAAAAGCUGCUUCCGGCCCCUCAGCAGUGUGGAGCGGCUGCUGGACAGCAUGGCUCCGGCGGCCGGGGGUUUGAGCCCGCCGUCCCUGCAGGCUCUGGUGGGCGGCCGCUGCAGGAAGAGGCCGCACGGGCACUACCUGGAAGACCCACAGAAACCAGAGGAAACGGACACAACUGUGCCUCCCGACACCGGGAAACACGCAGCAGCAGCGGCAGCAGCUUUGACUUCUUCUGGAAGGAUCCAGGACCGUCGCGGCUCCAGCGCGCUCACGAGCUCCAAGAAGCGUCCGCGAGACGACAGCGCGGGUCCAGAGACGGCCGUCCCGGUUCUUCCCAAAGCUGCUGCGGACAAAGCGGAUGAAGCCCCCGACGCUGAAGACUGCUCUUUCAACUCGUUCCAGUACUGGAGGGUCCCCCUGGCGGCGCCGGACCUCUCCCUGCUGGACGAAGACGCCACCGGCUGUCCCCGAAGCAAAGACGAGUCAAAGGCCAAAGACGCUUGCUGCUCUGACGCCAUGGAAACCUGAAGCUGAUGGGUGAAGCGAGCGUGCUCUACUCUCUCCGUACAUCAGCAGUCACACGUGAUGAUGAUGAUGAUGAUGAUGAGAUAUGUGAUGCGUCUCAGCAGAUAGAAGCGACACGUUCAGGGUUGUUAGGAAAGCGUCCAGGCGAGAUGCAACAACCACACGUCGCAGACUGUGUGAGCCCGGUGCAGCUGCUCCGUUAUGGGAAAUUAAUAUCGCAAUCCCCAUUAUUUAGGUCAAUAUUGACAUCCGGGUUAUUAACCACUAGGGGUGGGAAUCCCCAGAGGCCUCACGAUACGAUAUCAGCCCGAUACUUGUCUCACGAUACCAUAUUAUUGCAGAAUAUUGCAAUGUAUUACCUUUUUUUUUCCCAAUUUUGAAAUGAUGUCCACAAAAGGAAACUUUGUCAACAUCUGUUUUAUUGAAAAAGAUACA